GAUGCUGCUAGCCAAGACAAUUCAGUAGCGGCGAUUCAAAUGCCUCAGUAGAACAACCAAUGUGUAUAGGACAAGAAUACACAAAAAGUUUCAGACGCGAUAAAACAAAAAAAGAUAAAACAAGCGCGCCAACUAUCGUGCCGGCCGGGCGGGCCAGUAUUGAAUCGCGUCGCUAUUUCUCUCCAUUAUCUCCUCUCUCACAUUUCUAUUUUUGUUAUUUUGUCUGGCUCGCCUGGAGUGGGUUGAUUAGUUUUAAUUGAUGCCUCCGUUUCACGGCUCACAUCAUCCGGGGCCCUCGCUGUCGCUGAGGUUGAAGACUCGGAUAAUUAUUGAUUGGCAACUCCGCGGCAGAAACAGCUUAGUCGGCAUCCGCAGCUUCUGUGGCACGAGCAACUCGAAGCUGUUGAGAACACCCUGUCCCGACCACGGCCGCCACCACAACCACCAACACGUACACCAUAAUCAGUGCCGGAUCUACCAGACCUCUUCAGCCGCAGCCACUUCCAAGUCCUCCCCUUCGACCACCGGGGCCUCUCGAAGUUUAAUCCUGCCACCCUCGUCCCCAACCACUCUGAGUCGUCGUACGUCAACAUCGACACUAUACACAAAGCUUGUCGCAAUGGCGACGCAGCAACAAACACGCAGCCAUUCCGGCCACGGCCACAGCCACGGGCACCAUCACCACCACCACCACGGCGACAAUGUCUACCUCACCUCGCGUAACAAGAACGACGCCGGCGUGCGAAUCACCCGCAUCGGGCUCUUCUCCAACCUAGGCAUGGCCAUCGCCAAAGGAGCGGGCGGCUACAUGUUCAACUCGCAGGCUAUGGUCGCCGACGCCUGGCACAGCAUGACUGAUUUGGCCUCGGACGUCUUGACCCUCGCGACCGUCAGCGUGAGCCUGCGUCCACCCACCGACCGCUUCCCGACCGGUUUCGGCAAGAUUGAGAGCUUGGGAUCACUGGGCGUCUCGGGCAUGCUGCUCAUCGGCGGCUUGUUCAUGUGCUACAGCAGCCUGGGGACUUUGUACGCUCACCUGUUCCUCGACCCUUCGGCCGCUGCCGAGUUCAUGGCGCAUGGGCACCAUCAUGGACACAGUCACGGGCACGGGCAUGGACAUGGGCACGGACACCUCGCCCCGAGCUUGAACGCCGCCUGGUUAGCGGCCGGGACGGUGAUUGUCAAGGAAUGGCUUUAUCAUGCUACCAUGAAAGUCGCCCGCGAACGCAAAUCCUCCGUCCUUGCCUCCAACGCCGUUCACCACCGAGUCGACAGCCUGACCGGCAUCGUAACACUGCUCGUGAUCCUGGGUGCCAACUUUUGGCGCAACGCCGAGUGGCUCGACCCGACCGGUGGCCUUCUGAUCUCACUGCUCGUGAUACGGGCCGGGUUCGGCAACACGGUGGCCGCGUUCCAAGAGCUGGCGGACCGCGGCCUCGACGAAGAGGUCAAGCAGUCGGUCACCAAGCACGUGGGGCGCGGCCUCUCGGCGCUCGAGGACUGCAGACACGACGAGGUCGAGCUACGCGGCGUCGCCGGCGUCAAGUCUGGGCAAAACUACCUCGUCGACCUUGAGCUGGCGGUGCCCAAGGCCUGGACAGUGGAGGAGUGUCGCGUGGUCGAGGACGCGGUCCGGACGCAGGUUGGCGGCAAGGUGCGUGGUGUCAGGAGGGUCAGGGUGCGGUUCGUGCCGAGGGAGCAGGACGGCGAAGAGGCGCGUAGGUUUGACGAAUUCAUCCCGGGGGACGUUGAGCCGGCUCCCGAAGAGGUGGAGGAUGAUGACCACCACGACCACAACCACAGCAAUGGGAACGGCAAGGGUCACCACAAAUCACAAUAGGGAUUUGGGUCGAAAACAAUUGUAAACACGGGCUAAUUUUGAAGGCCGGGUUGCAUGCAUGCAUUUCUUUUCUUUUUCUCUUCUCUCUUUUUUUUUGGCGCAGGAACGGCGGGCGUUAUGUGGUUGUUGGUGAUGUUUCAGCAACUCACUCGGACUAUACUGAUACCUAGACUGCUCACCGGGCGUUUUCCUUUUGUCUGAUUUUCUCAUGUUUGAAAAAUUGCGAAAGCUUAGAUCACGAGAUUUGGGAUCAUUAGACUCAUCUAGACAGAACAUUGUCGACUUGAAUCACUUUGAAACUGAAUUAGACUGUUUCGAUUGAUGAUCGUUACAAAG